CAAGGUAUCGUUAACGUCGGCGAUGCGUGACCGAUCUUCAGUCGCCUGUUACUAUGGCACAGAAACAUCAAGCGCUGUUUACAGUAACUACCGCGUACUAGUCUAGACGUCUACCCGUGUAACCGGUGUAUACAUUGGCUUGAGCAUAACAGCUGACCAGUGCCACUUAUAUUGUUUGGACCAGAUCAGAAAUAAUAACCGCCCUCUGCAGCCGAUAAACCAGGAUGUACGUAAGGACAUACAGGAAUGGUCAAUGGGAUGGAACUGCUCCUCCUAAAAAGACCAAGGCUAAAAAGAACGGGGUAGAAGUAACCAUUGACGAACCUGUGAAGUAUAAACGAUAUGGCUGCAAACAGAAAGAAGCCCGUAAUGUAACCGAAAAGAAAUGCCAGCCCGAGAAAGUGAAAGAAAGACUCAAAGCAAAAGAGGAGACAGGACCUAGUUUCAGUGCAACAGCUGAAACUGUGUCUGCUUUCCUUGUACUCCUAGAGGACGCCACAGAAGAGGAAAUCAAGGGAGAUCUUCAUGUAGAAUCAGUUGAUUUCCAAAUUCCAUCAAAUGUGAAAAAACACACCACAGAGAGGUUCAAAUGCACGAAGCGAGCAGAAAAGCCAGAUUUAGUUCUGAGGCGAGGUUUGUCUUUCAAGAUCUGCCUUGGUCUGGACCGAGAAUACAGCAAGGCUCACCAUGAUAUAAGCUUCCUGUUUAAAACAGGUGAAGGUAUGACGAGAGACACAAGUAUCAUAGUCCGCAUGAAUGAAGACAAACAGGAUGAUGACUCUAAAAAGGGGAGAAAUUGGCAUGCACAGCUGGUGUCUAUGGAUGGAAAAUCGAUCAUGGUAGAAAUCACCAUUCCGCCUAACGUCAUCAUCGGUCACUGGCAAAUGUCUGUGCAGUCUUUUACCCUACACAAGGGGGAGGACACUAUAGCUCUGCAGUACGACUCCGACCAGGACGUGAUCUUCCUUUUCAAUCCCUGGUGCCCAGAGGACACCACUUACUUCCCUACCUCCGCGCUGUUGGAUGAGUAUGUUUUGAACGACAAAGGCGCUGUCUAUCAAGGCAACUACAGACAGAUAAGUGCUAAGCCAUGGAGAUUUGGACAGUUUGAGGAGGGAAUCUUGGAUAUUUGCCUGAUGGUUCUCAACAAGGCGUUUGAUUGGAUGAUAUCUGCAGAAAUGGCAGACCCUGUCCUGAUUUCCAGAGCUAUAUCCAGCAUUGUGAACAACAAUGACAACUAUGGCAUUUUGGUAGGAAACUGGAGCGGUGACUAUACAGGUGGGAAGUCACCCACUUCCUGGACUGGCAGUGUCAAAAUUCUGAAACAAUACAAUGAGAACCGAGAACCGGUCAAGUUUGGGCAGUGCUGGGUUUUCUCUGCCCUAGUGGUCACAGUUUGCAGAGCGCUAGGUCUGCCUUGUAAGAGUAUCACAAACUUCGCUUCUGCACACGACUCUGACGCAAGUUGUACUAUUGACAGUGUGUAUGAGAAAGACGAAAAAGGCGAACUAAAACCUGUAGAGAAACACAAUACGGACUCAUGCUGGAAUUUCCACGUUUGGAACGAGGUAUGGAUGGCAAGGAAAGAUCUGCCUCCAGGUUAUGAUGGUUGGCAGGCCAUCGAUGCUACUCCGCAAGAGAGAAGUGAAGGCAUGUUUGCCUGUGGACCUGCCCCCAUCGCGGCAAUCAAAGAAGGAGACUGCAUCAUAAAAUACGAUACCAGAUUCUUAUUUUCUGAGGUCAAUGCAGAUCGUGUAUAUUGGGAAAUAGUAGAUGGCAUCUGGAACAAGUUAAGAGUUGCAAGACACUCAGUUGGAAAGAAGAUUAGCACCAAGAAUCCAAAUGAUCUAAGAUCCCUGGAAAGACACGAUGAAACAGCAUGUUAUAAGCACUCAGAAGGAUCAAAACAGGAGCGUUACGCGGUCAUGAAAGCAACCUCUUCGUCUACUGUUAAAAGAGACACGGCAGAGAUCCCCCAAGAUAUAGAUUUCGACAUUACGGAAAUCGAUGACGUCUUGAUGGGCACAGAUGUUGCAAUAAAAAUAAAGGUAAAGAACAUCGCUGAAUCUAAGGAGACACGUACUGUCAAUCUUGAAGCGUCUGUCAGCGCUGUAAAAUACAAUGCCCCUGCUGACCCCAAGAACUUCAUCAAGAGGGAGAAAUUCCCAGGCUUUUCUCUGGCAGCUGGCGAAGAGAAAGUUUUAAAGUUUGUAGUCACCAAUAAAGAAUACGAACAUAAGCUGUUAGAACAAGGAGGAAUGGAGGUGAAAGCUUUUGGUAUCGUCAAGGAGACCCGCAAAGCCGUCGUGGAGAUCGAGGACUUCCGUGUAAGGCGACCUGAUGUUGCUGUGAAAAUGGGCCCAGAAGAGGCCGAAUUGAAUAGUAAGGUUACAAUUAAAAUGAGUCUGAAGAACCCAUUGUCUGUUCCAUUGACCAACUGCUCAUACUCAAUCGACUCGGAAGCACUUGGCGAUGAGGAAACGAAAACUGACGAUGUGCCUGCAAAAGGGGAAUGGAAUGUUACGUUGGAGAAGACGGUUUGGGAAUGUCCAUUGUUUUCAUUUGAGUGCAUACAUGUUGGUUUCGACUGCAAGGAACUACCUAACAUAACUGGUAUCAGCAACACAAUCAGGAUCUUCUAAUGAGAACUACACUCAUCCUAGAUGUUUGUUUUACAUAUAUUUACAAAACAAACAAUAUUUUUUGUUGUCAACACUUGUGCAAAGCUUCUUACUUGAUGAUGUGGAUUUCCUAUAUUCCUUUAAUUAUUAUGACCAAAAUAAAAGGGCAACAAUGAAAUGACCUAGGCAUACUGUCAUUUAAAUGAGCAGAAAAAAAUCAAUGCAAUAUAUAGUGUAAAUGCAGGAAAUCUAUUGAAAAUCUGGGAACGUUUUUGAAAUAUUUUCAAUCAUAAAUGUGAAAAAAUGCACUUUUUUGUUACUGUAUCGAAGGAAUCGGAUAAUUCAGUGACUUGGUUUCCGUGCAAAUAUAAUGACAUCCAUACAUGAUGUACUUAUAGAAAGUAACUAAGAAUAUAUAUCAAAAAAACAUCUGUGGAAAGACUUAAUGAAAACUAUGUAUAUAAUGUUCACUUUAUUAGUGCUAUUCCUGGGUUUUAAUGCUCCCGUCAUUUUAUAGAAGGGCAUAUUCCGUCUUUGCAUAUUGCAGAGUUAUCUGCAUUUGUGAGCAGGUAUUGAUUGUUACGUCAUUUGUUUGUGAGA